GUUUUUUUUCAUCUCUCUACCUUGGGCCUAAGGUCUAUAACGCUUUUCUACGAACAAUCAGCCACGAUGCCCGUCGGAAUCAACCAGCCAUCGAACCAGAUCAAAUUCACAAAUGUGUCGGUCGUCCGGUUAAAAAAGGGGAAAAAACGGUUCGAGCUCGCAUGCUACAAAAACAAACUCCUCGAAUACCGGUCUGGGGCAGAGACAGACCUUGAUAAUGUGUUGCAAGUGCCGACGGUCUUCCUGUCUGUAUCCAAGGCGCAGACCGCGCCGUCCGCCGAGUUGAUCAAAGCCUUUGGUAAAGACACACCGCUAGACGAGGUGCGACAAGAGAUCCUGCUCAAGGGCGAGGUGCAGGUGGGUGAGCGGGAGCGCAAGGAGAUUCUCGAGCGCGUGGAGAAGGAAGUCCUGGAUAUUGUCUCGUCACGGCUGGUCGACCCGACGACGAAACGCGUGUAUACCCCCGGGAUGAUCUCCAAGGCGCUCGACCAGCUCAGCUCAGCGAGUGGACAGCAGCAGCAGCCGCAGCCGCAGCCGCCGGCGCAGAGCGAAGACAACAACGGGGCACCUGAGGACGUCAGCAGCAGCACCAAGAUGCCGCGGAAACCGCUCUGGACGGGAUUCGCGCCCAACAAGUCAGCCAAGAGCCAGGCUCUGGACGCCAUGAAGGCGCUGAUCGCAUGGCAACCGAUCCCUGUGAUGCGAGCGCGGAUGCGGCUGCGGGUGACCUGUCCUAUCUCUUUACUGAAACAGGCCGUCAAGACGGCUGGCGGGGCGGGUGCGAAGGAGACAACACCCUCCUCGACGGGCGGAGACCACCGAGGAGGAUCGAAAUCGAAGAAGGGCGGGAAGUCCGGGAAGGGAAAGGGAGCAAAUAAACAACAUCAUGGGUCGGAGGAGGAGGAGGAUGGCGCAUCUGAAGCCGAGCCGUCCACUUCCAAGACCCCCGGCACGGUCAAGGACAAGAUCCUCAGCCUGUUCGAGUCCGUGGAGUCGCAGGACCUCGCCGGCGACGAGUGGGAGGUCGUCGGCUUCGCGGAGCCGGGGGCAUUCAAGACCCUCAACGAGUUUGUCGGCAACGAGACCAGGGGGAGAGGCAGGGUCGAGGUUCUGGAUAUGUCGGUCACGCAGGAGGAUUAACAAUCUAUCUACACUACAGUAUAUCUCUACAGUAUCCAAGUAUAUACUAGAGAAUAAUCAGGCAAUUAGCUAGCUACCUAGUACAUACUAAUAGUUACUAAGCGC